CAACAGGAGGAGCCCGCGCGCAGGACCCAAGCCCCGCGCCCGCUGCGCCCCGCUGCCGCCGCUGCCGCCUCAGCCCGUGCGCCCCGCCGCCCGCGCGCCAUGGCCAAGGAAGGCGUGGAGAAGGCGGAGGAGACGGAGCAAAUGAUCGAGAAGGAAGCGAUCAAGGAGCCCGCGGAGGGCGGCGGCAGCGACGGCUCGCACCGCCUCGGGGAUGCCCAGGAGAUGCGCGCCGUGGUGCUGGCUGGCUUCGGGGGACUCAACAAGCUGCGACUCACCCGGAGGGCCAUGCCCGAGCCGCAGGACGGCGAGCUCAAGAUCCGCGUCAAAGCCUGUGGCUUGAACUUCAUCGACUUGAUGGUGCGACAAGGGAAUGUUGACAACCCUCCCAAGACGCCCCUGGUUCCAGGCUUUGAGUGUUCUGGGAUUGUGGAAGCGCUGGGGGACAGUGUGAAGGGAUACGAGAUUGGAGACCGUGUAAUGGCUUUUGUCAACUAUAAUGCCUGGGCAGAGGUGGUCUGCACCCCAGUGGAGUUUGUCUACAAGAUCCCGGAUGACAUGAGCUUCAGCGAGGCUGCCGCGUUCCCCAUGAACUUCGUGACAGCCUACAUGAUGCUCUUUGAAGUCGCCAACCUCCGGGAAGGGAUGUCUGUUCUGGUGCACUCAGCGGGCGGUGGAGUGGGUCAGGCUGUGGCUCAGCUGUGUUCCACCAUCCCCAAUGUGACUGUUUUUGGGACAGCUUCUACUUUCAAGCAUGAAGCAAUCAAAGACUCCGUGACCCACCUCUUCGACAGAAAUGCAGACUAUGUGCAGGAGGUGAAAAGAAUCUCUGCAGAAGGUGUGGACAUCGUCUUGGAUUGCCUGUGUGGGGACAACACAGGCAAAGGUCUUAGCCUUCUGAAGCCCCUUGGGACCUACAUUUUAUAUGGUUCUUCCAACAUGGUAACUGGAGAGACCAAGAGUUUCUUCAGCUUUGCAAAAUCAUGGUGGCAGGUGGAGAAAGUGAACCCCAUCAAGCUAUAUGAAGAGAACAAAGUCAUCGCGGGGUUUUCCCUCUUAAACCUGCUCUUCAAACAGGGCCGCGCGGGCCUCAUUCGAAGAGUGGUGGACAGACUCCUAGGGCUGUACAACCAGAAGAAGAUCAAGCCGGUGGUAGACUCCUUGUGGGCCCUGGAGGAGGUCAAGGAGGCCAUGCAGCGGAUCCACGACCGAGGAAACAUCGGGAAGUUAAUUCUGGAUGUAGAAAAGACACCUACUCCGCUGAUGGCCAACGACAGCACGGAGACCAGUGAGGCGGGGGAAGAGGAGGAGGACCAUGAGGGCGACGGUGAGAACAAGGAGCGGAUGCCCUUUAUCCAGUAAGCUAGGACCAGCUGGGAGGACGCGGAGGGCAGACCUUGUGGGAGAAGAGGACCAGCUGCGAGAACUCUUCUGUGCCCCGGUGAACAAACGCUGUAGUCCAGUGCGUGUCGUGUUUGUCUGCAGUCAGCUGAACUAAGAAGCUGUUGAUCCCUGUUGUUUUUUGGAAUUAAGUGCCAAUCCCAUUCCAUGCAGUAUUACGGCCCUUCCUGAUCUGUGUACUACAUACACCCUUCCCUCUCCCCUGUACCAAAACUACCCACCUCGGGGUCUUUCUCGUUGGCUGUAGGACACCCUUGCAAAUUAAUCCAAGCCUGUGGGAUAAGAGAAGGACACAUUUGGGUUGAAAGGUGUUGUCGCAGAGUACCAUGCAGGUCCUACCCUUCUGGCCGGUGACACUCUUCACCACCAGCUACCCAUGCCUCUGACCUGAGCAUUUGCCAAUUCAGCUGGCAGAAAGAGAGAAGGCCAGGAGAGGAGUUUGUGAGCCCAGAAAUGUAGAAACUCUCCAAAUAGUUCUUUUUUUUCUCUCCCUAUAUGAGGCACGUGGUGGUGCUCAUCCAACAAUCCUAAGGCCGUAGGUUUGAGCUGCUGUCUGACCCUGUGGGGCUGAGUCCUUUCACUGGUUCUCAUUCAUAAACACGGGGGCAGGACUGGGUUUCUUAGGAUAGAAGAUGCCUCAACACUGAGCAUGUGAGGAUGAGUCGCAGAGAUUUCUCCUCAAGGCCAGGAGCAUAUUCUCUCCACAUACAUAAUUCAUGUUAAGAAAACUCUUCGCGUGUAGGACCAAUUUAGAUGUCGUUACUAACACCCUCCCGUGUUUGCAUACACACCGUCAGUGUUGCCAAUUUCCCUAUUUUCCUUUCUAGUCACAAGCUGCCACCCUCCCCCAAAGAACUCCCUCCUAGGUCACAUGUGGGUUUGGAAAAUCCAGUGAGCUCUCUUUUGUCUUGCCAAAGCAUGUUCCAACAUGUGACAAUCCCUGGGGAUAAAAAGUUGCUCUUCAGCAUCUGCUGGAUGUGGGAUUCUCCCCUCAGAUACCCAGGAUCAUGGUGCCGAUUCUGUAAGGCCCCUGCUCCUUGUAAAUCAGGGACCAAACUAUUUGACUGCAUGCCCUGUUCAACUGUGCAGCUUCUAAAUUCCUAUGAGGCCCCACCCAGUGACCUUAGCCUGGUCUCCUGAGCUAGUUACCCUGGAGGAAGAGGAACCCUAGUGUGUCCACAAGAGGGCUCUUUGUUCCCUUUUUCCAGUCCUUCUGACCAAAGGGUUAAUUCUGUCACUCACAAAGCAAGCUAAGAAAGCAGAGGGGCCACAGCAUCCCAAGUUUCUUGUGUUAUGGAGGAGUAGGAGGGUCCCACACGCUCACGCGACUAGCAUUCUUGAAGGCCUAAGAGGCUUCCUGCAUCACCCAGUGUCUCCACCAAUAAGAUUUAGGGUGGACCUAGCUCUUCCCCCACAUGACGGGAACAAAUGCAUUUGGAAGAUUUCCUGUUUGAUUUCCCAAGUCUUUCUGUAACAAAUGUUGCUUCCUUCCCCAGGUUCUUUUUUCUUCUAAGCUUGUGAUGAUGACUUAUUUAUGCCAAAUAUGUAUAUGGAGGGAGUUUCUCUUUGUUGUGAAUGUACAUGUAUAACAUGAAGGUGAACAGGGGUGCUGAGAGUCGGUGAGCUGGAAGAUGACAGUUUUUCAGACAAGGAUACCCAGCUCAUCCUCUUCCUCCCUACCCCAGAGCUCACCAGUAUUCCAGUUCUGAGCCAUUCAAAGAGAUAAAGGGGUACUGAGCCCCCAACUCCUUUGUAAAAGGGUAUGUUUCUCCCAUAACUGCUGAAAGGGGCUCAGAAAAAGAACCACUGUCCAAGUAGUGUUCUUGUUAAGUAGGGCAGAAAGGGUACUUUCUAGGGUUGAAGGAGUCAAAAUUUACUGGCCCCCAUGAGGGUCCUUUGUCCCCAAGAGAGGGGGAACUCACCAUGUUCAGAAUCCAGAUGGUUCUUACAAUGUCCAGAGCAAACACUAAAAGGUCAGUCCGACCAAAUCUGCUUUUUAACCAGAAAAGAUAAUCCAGUAACCACACAUGAACCCAGCCAUCACCCUAUCCUGAGAAAUCAGAAAGAGGGACCUAGAGUUUGGCCAACAACAUCUAUUUCUGCUAUGAAGACUGAAGGGAGAAACCUUUCAAUGAAUCAUUCCAUGGACUCUCAUUUUAAGCACCUGCUUUUCCGGCUUGUGAUUGUUUUUAGGGAAGGAAGUAUAAAGAACGUUUCAGUUUGCCUUAAGGAACUGUGAAGGCUUCUCUGUAGGUUAAGCUUGAUGGGACUGAAACAUCGUCUACUGUGUUUGUGGCUUUAGAGCUUUUGUUAUAUUGUGCCUACCAAGCAAAUUAUGUUUACAUAAAAGAUAUAA